GUAGGAUGUGUCAUGGGAUGAGCUGGGCUGCUCAAAACGAAAGGAAACUGUAGCGCUCUGCCAUCGGGCUUCAUUAUUUUCCAUUCGGCUGGCUGCGCCUGGAGUGUCUGAAAAUGGACUCAUCAAAAGUGGUAGCUGCCUCUGAGAAGGAACAGAAGCCAGCAGGGAAGGAGAGUGAAGAGACGUCCAGCGAACCGUCCAUCACCUCUUAUGGAAUGUUGACCCCGUCUGGAGAGAAGUGUCGUAGUCUGGAGACUGUGAUCUCUAGGCUGGAGAUGCUGAAUGUGGGAAAGAAAACAUUGGAUGUUCCAGCUCUGCUGCUGACCACUCUGGAGGAGAUAAACCCAUAUGAGUUAAGGAGAUUCCAGUCUUACCUGACUAGUGGCAGGAUGUUAGGCUUUCCUCUCAUCCCAGAGAGUCAGCUGGAGAACACUGACAGACAGGACACAGUGGUUCAGAUGGUGAAGAGAUACGGCCCUGAGAGAGCUGUGAGGAACACACUGAAGAUCCUGAGGAGGAGGAAUCUGGAUGAUCUGGCAGAGAAGUUAGAGAGAGAUUACACUAGAGUUCUACUGCUGACCAGUCUGCAAGAGCUCACUGAAGAUCAGCUGAAGAAAUUUCAGUCUAGUGGCAGGAUAUUUGGCAUUCCUCACAUUCCAGAGAGCAAGCUGGAUAACACUGACAGACAGGACACAGUGGAUCAGAUGGUGGAGAGUGACGACGCUGAGGAAGCUGUGGUGAUCACAAUCUGGAUCCUGAGGGAGAUAGGCCGACAUGAUGUAGCAGAGAAGUUAGAGAGAGAUCACACUAGAGCAACAACAUGGCGGAGAGACUCAUCAGACAGUGAUAAAUGGAGAAGGAGGAAGAAGGAUGUAGUAAUGAGGAGACCCUCCAUGUUGGAUGUUCCAGCUCUGCUGCUGACCACUCUGAAGGAGCUCACUGAAGAACAGCUGAAGACGUUUCAGUCUAACCUGACUACGGUCCAGCUGCCUGACUUUCCUCUCAUCCCAGAGAGUCAGCUGGAGAACACUGACAGACAGGACACAGUGGAUCAGAUGAUGAAGAGUUACGGCCCUGAGAGAGCUGUGAGGAACACACUGAAGAUCCUGAGGAGGAGGAAUCUGGAUGAUCUGGCAGAGAAGUUAGAGAGAGAUCACACUAGAGCUUGGCUGCUGAACUCUCUGGAGGAGCUGAACAUAAACGAGCUGAAGACAUUUCAAAACUACCUGACUAGUUGCAAGCUGCUUGGCUUUCCUCCCAUCCCAAAGAGCCAGCUGGAGAACACUGACAGACAGGUCACAGUGGAUCUGAUGAUGAAGAUAUACGACCCUGAGAGAGCUGUGAAGAUCACACUGAGGAUCCUGAGGUGGAUGAAUGACCAUGAUCUCACUGAGAAGUUACAGAGUGAUCACACAGAACCCUCCGGCCCUGAGGAAGCUGUGGAGAUCACACCGGAGUUCCUGAAGAAUAUGAACUGGGAUGAUCUGUCAAAGAAGAUAGAGAGAGAGAGGUUUCCUGAGGACUUUGAACCAGAGGACUAUGAUCAGGAGGACAAUGGAACAUACCGGUUAGAGUGCCCCAGUGCAGGUCUGUUCCAGUGCAGUAAAACAGGCCUGGUGUUCAGGAUGGAGGGAGAGGGAGAGGUGCUCUAUAGGACUGUCCCCUGGGACAGGAGGUUUCUAGCCCAGAGUGUCAAGAGGCCUGCAGGACCCCUGUUCAUGUUUAGAUGCCUUAAGGGGUCUGUCAGUCAACUACACCUCCCCCACUGUGAGAUCUGCCCUGGUGGUGGAUGUGACUUCCUGUCUGUAGCCCAUGUGACUGAUGACAUCAUUGAGUUUAUCCCUCAUAAGAUAACAGAAACACACGUCAUAAUAAACAUCUAUGGAUUCUCUGCUUAUGGCCUCAUCAAGGAUAAGGAUGCUCCUGUCUUCCCUAUCAAAGCCCAGGUGUUGUUGUUCUACCAUCCAUCAGAUGACCCUGAACUGGAAUCUGUACUGCAUGUGUUGUUGCUGCCGCGGAACGUUGUCCUAAUGAAGGUGCAAGAGGAGAGGGCGAGGAGGAAUGGCAUGAGAGAACCCUUCAUUGAAACAACCUCUGACUGUGAACUGACCCCUGAUCAGAUUUACAGCCUAUCCACUGAUGGGUAUCAUAAGGUGACACCUAAGACCAAAAAGUUUGAUAAUGAUAAAGACUACGAAAACUACACCACAACGUUUGCGGUAUUCUUACCUGCCAAAGUUAAAAAAGCUGAACUGACAUUGAGGAAGAAGAAGAAUAUAGCCUGGUCCAUAUUAGACCUACUGUCCAGUCUAUUUGUGAAUCUUGAACAUCCGUGGAAGGGUUUCUACAGAUAUCAAGCCCCUCUCCCUGCAGCCACUCCUGCCAAACCCCCUACUUUCCCAGGACAAGACUUCAUUCCAAAACACAGGAUUGCUCUAGAAACUCGCCUGGGACUGUUACAGCCCAUAUUCCUGCGUCUCCAGGAUCGUGGGGUUCUGAUUGACGAGGAGAGGGAGGAGGUGGUCAGUAAAUCCACCAAGACCCUACAGAACCAAACCCUGCUGGACAUGGUGGUAAAGAAGGGGGCUCGUGCCCAGGAACACUUCUACCAGGUCCUGAAGGAAGUAGAUCCCUGCCUGGUUGAAGACCUGGAAGAGCAGACAGUCUGAGAGGGAACCAUGGAUACAACAGCAUCAGGAUAUAUAUCACCACAAUACUAAUACAUGCUUUGAAAGAGACAGUCAGACUGAGAGGUCCCCAUGGAUACAACAGCAUCAGGAUAUAUAAUAUCACAAUACUAAUACAUGCUCUGAAAGAGACAGACAGACUGAGAGGUAACCAUGGAUACAACCUCAGAAGAUAUCAAAACAUUUAUCAGAGACAGAGAGCAGCACUUCGAGGAGCUACUGUCUACCAGACAACCUACCUGUGUUACUCUGGUACACUGGCUACAGACUACAAGAUGAUUGAAUUUCUAUCUGUAACAUGGUGAAUGUUGAAUCAUCUUGGACAGGUCUCAGACAACAUGUGAGACUUAACAUCUACCAGACAACUGACUUGUACUGGACAGCUCUACUGGCUGAACACCAGAUAUAUCUCUGUUUAGAUAUAGUGUAUAUGUUUAUAUAACGGUUAAGAGCAUCUUUUAAAAUGAAUGACAUUAUUUUCCAACAAUAGGGACUAGUCUCCUUUUGUGAUUGAUCAGGAGAAAUAGGAGCAACUCUUGAGAUAAGGAAUGUGUCCUUUAUGUUUGACUUCUCUGACAUUACGGACUUAAUCAGGCUGAAUCUCUGGGACUCAUUUCACUCUCAGGGAAAGAUGUCAUAUUGUGUAGUGUUUAAAUAUCUGUUAUAGUGUUUUGUAGUUGCAUUAAUCUAUUUAAUCUCCCUCAGUUCAAUUGAGAUGACAAAUACUGUGUAUCAGCAGUAGGGGGAAACAGCCCCACUGUCCGCCCCACCAGUUGUUUUUGUUGCCUAGCAACAGAGCGUCGCGUAGCAUGCUAAAAAUCAUUAAAGUGAAUAUUGUGCUCCUCUAUUGUGCAUAAAAGGAUGUUCAAGGGGAAAACAGUGUUGUUGUUUACAGCUUGUUUGUAAUAUUGCAAAUGGACGUGGCUGUUUAACCAUUAAAGAUUCCAGCUUUAAUCAGCCUGAAUGUCAGGGACUCAUUUCACUCAGGGAAAUAUGUACUGUAGUGUAUAACAGACUUGUGGUCAAUUCAGAAUUGAAUUUAGAAUGGCUCAUAAAUUAAAUUCAUGAAUUUGAAUUAAUAAGCAGGAUACCGAAUUGCAAUUCAAGGAAAUAGAGUUGAAUUCAGUAAUAUUCAAAUGCCUAUUCGAUUCUAUAGUUGUAGUCUAUACAAAUAUACAUCUUGUAAAUAAAAUACCAAACAUGUUAACAUGCAUAUAAAAUAUUGAUGAAACAAUUGAUUUUCAGGACAAACUCUUCAAAUGAAUGAAAACAAGGAAAACGAAACCUGUAGUUAUAUUUCAUUAAUCACUUAAAUGUUGUUCAAUAUGGGGGAAAUACAUUUCCCACAAUGCAUUAGUUUAAUGCACAAAUUUACCCUAAAGCCUUCAAGACAAAGCCAAAUAAAUAUAAUGGUUUAUUCUAAGCAGUAAGGUUAACAGAGUAUAAUGAACAGAGAAAAGUGAUAUAUUCUUUGGUAUCUGGAAGUGUGACCUGUCAGAUUCAAUGAAACUCAUGUUCUGUGACUGAGUGAAAUGUAUUUGAAUUACACUGAAUUAAAUGAUACUUCCACGUUUCUUGGCCUGGUGGUAGAUCGGUCAACAUGCCCCUGAGCAGGGCAUUGACCCUGGAUGCUUCUGUGUGUCGCUCUGAAUGGGAAUCUGUUGGACUGUAGUUAUUGAGCGGCUUCACAUAUUGUACGUUUCAAAUAUUCAAUAAAUAAAAUUACACUUCC